UAGAAUAUUUGACACGAUUGUAGAUCAGUUUGCAAUUUUUAUGUAUGGUGGAACGAUUUCCUAAAAUAGGACCUAUAUUUGAUCAGUUACAAUGGAAUUUAUAAAUUAAUUGGAAUAAUCUACUCUUCAGUUUUGUUGAAAAGCCUUUGGCUGUGUUAAGUGUGAGUGUGUAACGCCAGCGGCGCGACGUAAUCAUGGCGGACCCCCUAAGUUUACUUCGACAAUAUAAUGUAAAUAAAAAAGAAAUUAUUGAAAGAGAUAAUCAAAUUAUAUUUGGAGAGUUCUCGUGGCCAAAAAAUGUUAAAACAAAUUAUCUUAUGUGGGGAUCCGGCAAGGAUGGGAAUAACAAGGAAUAUUACACUCUGGAAUGUCUUCUAUUUAUCCUUAAGAACAUUCAGUUAACCCAUCCUGUCUACGUCAGACAAGCAGCUGCUGCAAAUAUAUCAGCUGUGCGUCGACCCGAUCGUAAAGAGUUGCUAGCAUACUUAAAUGGUGAAACGGCUACUUGUGCUUCAAUAGAUAAAAGUGCACCUUUGGAGAUUCCCACACAGGUAAAACGUACUCAUGAUAAUGAUGGAGGGGAAUCUGCGGCAAAGAAGCCACGUAUUGAAGAAACGCAUGUACAAAAGGUGCGAGAGCAGCUUGCGGCACGUCUUGAUGCACCUAAAGAAGCAUCGGUCACUGUGGACAAUAUUAAGUCUCUGUCAGAGGCUAUGUCAGUGGAGAAGAUUGCAGCGAUCAAGGCCAAACGUUUAGCUAAGAAGAGAACUACAAUAAAAAGUAAUGACUACUCAGACACUUUAGGAGUAGUUGGCUCAGAUUUUAGGGCCAUAUUAGACUAUGAUGUUGAUCUGACCAAAGACAUUAUUAGUCGUGAAAGACAAUGGAGGACUAGGACAACAGUAUUGCAAAGUAACGGCAAGAUGUUUGCAAAGAGUAUUCUUGCUCUCUUAGGUAGUAUAAGAGCACGUGAGGAAGGUAGACUUGGUGCACCCAGACCACAGCCUGUAGUAAUGCCUGCGUCAAAUGCACUGCCAGCACAACAGACACAAUACAACAGAUACGAUCAGGAAAGGUUUAUUAGGCAAAAAGAAGAGACUGAAGGAUUCAAGAUUGAUACAAUGGGUACAUACCACGGUAUGACAUUGAAGUCGGUGACUGAAGGGCCGAGCGUUCCCGUAGCCGCGCGCACACCGCAGACGCCCAGCCAUCCUCGACAAAUACCUUUGGGGGGGGCGGGGCGGCGCGAGCUGCUGCCGGCCGCUGCGGCGCGCGCCCCGCCCCCCGGCGCCAAGCGACCCUCGCGCACACCCAUCAUCAUCAUACCCGCCGCCGCCACCUCGCUCAUCUCCAUGUACAACGUCAAGGACAUGCUGCAGGAUUUCAAAUUUGUUCCUGUUGAACAAAAGAAGUCUGAAGGAGCUGUUCGUGAAAAUGAAGUGUUACUACAACGAAGGAAGGGUCCCGCCGCUGACCAGAUACCAAACAAUGCAACCACCAUUACUGUGCCAUACCGUGUGGUGGACAACCCGGGGCGGCUGUCGGCGGCGGAGUGGGACCGCGUGGUGGCAGUGUUCGUACAGGGUCCCGCCUGGCAGUUCAAGGGAUGGCCAUGGGAUGGAAACCCUGUACAGAUCUUUGCUAAUAUUUGUGCGUUCCACCUGAAGUACGAUGAGAUGAAGUUGGACAGUAACGUGGCGCGUUGGGCGGUCACAGUGCUCAACCUCAGCCGCACCAAGAGACAUCUGGACCGCGCCGUGCUGCUCGGCUUCUGGGAGACCCUCGACAAGCACAUGAUGAAGAAUAAACCCCAUCUUAGAUUCUAAGUUUGUUAUAGGAUUAUAUAAUUUUAUAAUAAAGACUAUAUUGUGUGAAUACGAAUGCCUUCUAAAGAAUAGAAAAUCUAAGUCAAUUCAAACCAUUUAACAAUAAUUUGGCGACACUAAUUACUAUAUAUAUU